GACUGAGUCUGGGAGGGGCGGGAUGAUGGAGCUAAGAUGGCAGCACUGCUGAGGGUGCUGCCUCUUCGGGGUCAAGAAAUAUUCAAGGAACGAAUGAAACCGAAACACAACAGUUUUAUUCAUGACGACUUUCGUUUCUUCUAUUCUGCUACAUUUGCUUCUCGUGGCUUGAGGAGGUCUGCCUUCGGGAGGAGAACGACGUGUUGACACUGCGCAUCGGAACCCCGUAGCAGCGCCGUCAGAAAGGCUCCUACUCUGCGUCUGAGAAUAACCGAGAACAGUGGAUGCUAAUUGCGGCUCUUUUGCAGCUCGGAGCGGACAUAUGAUGUGACAUGUGGCGGGUUUGACGUUGAGAGGAUUGCAUCUUAUGGCUGGAUAUUACCUGACUGUGUGAUAUAUGCAUUGUUCUGCUAAACGAUGAUGUGUGCUGCUGCGGCAGCGGCCGCCGCCGGUGGAGGGGGAAUUUUGCCCUCUUUAUCGCCGUCCAUGGGGCUGGGUGUCAGGGUAAUUUCUGGAGUGGGAGCCGAUCUCACCACCAUCGGUUCGGGAAUGGGUUCUUGCCCGACUUUCGGAGCCCAGUCGGAUUGUCGGACUCGGUACCAGCUUUUACUCUCUGGACGAGCCCUUGCGGAAAGAUACAGACGGAUUUAUACCACCGCCAUCAAUGAUAAAGAGCAGGGGAUAAAUCAGGGAAGGGGGAAGAAGGCCUUGAGUAAGAAGAAACUGAAAAGGCGACAAAAAGUCAAGUCAAAAGUCAAAUCAAGAACAAAGGCCGAGAGUCUAGAUGGAGCUCUUUUCGUGCCAGACAUCAAACUACACAGUAACCCCUCUGCAUUUAAUGUCUACUGCAAUGUGCGACACUGCGUUCUGGACUGGCAGCAGAAGGAGGCCUCCCUAGCUCUGGCCUCCAGGACCUCAGUGCAGAGCGGCGACUCAGACAGCGAGGAGGAGGAAGAGUACCGUGAGCCGGCGGUAAAGCUGCCAAAGAUCAUCGGCAUCGGCCUGUGCGGGGUUUUUGAGCUGAUUAAAGAGACUCGGUUCUCUCACCCAUUACUGUGCCUGCGCAGCCUGCAGGCUUUGUUGGACAUGCUGCAGGGGCAACAGCCAGAGGGUUUUCAGACGGAGCCUCCUGAUGUGUUAGAGUCUCUUUUCCAGCUGCUGUUAGAGACCACGGUCCGGAGCACAGGGCCCAAUGACCCAACUGGACAGGACAUCACCGCUCUGUCCUGUGCAUGCCUUUUCAGCCUCGUGGUGGCAUGGGGAGAUACGGGCAAAAUCCUGCAGGCUGUUUCUGCCAUUCUCACAAAUAAUGGUAGCCAUGCCUGUCAGACUAUACAGGUCCCCACCAUAUUGAAUGCACUACAGCGAAGUGUCCAGGCUGUCCUGGUGGGGAAAAUCCAAAUCCAGGACUGGUUUGGAAAUGGCAUCAAACGUGCUGCACUGAUGAACAAAUGGGUCCUAAAGGAAGCGUCCAUCGACGAAGACGAGCGCUGUCUUCUGCAGACUGAUGGUUCCUUCCUGUAUUUGCUCUGCAAGGAUGGACUCUACAAAGCUGGAUCUGGAUAUAGUGGUACUGUCAGGGGACACGUUUACAACUCCACGUCUCGAAUCAGGAAUCGAAAGGAGAAAAGGUCAUGGCUUGGCUUUGCUCAGGGGUACUUGUUGUAUCGGGACACAAGUAACCACAGUAUGUCGGCUAUCAAGAUCAACCCUGAGACCCUGGAACAUGAGGGGGUGGUCACCAUGCCAGGUCAACAUUCAGAUGGACAAAACAUCAUAUUCACAGAUGGAGAGUACAUUAACCAAAUAGCAGCCUGCAAAGAUGACGGUUUUGUUGUGCGGAUCUAUACCAUGAGUUCAGACCCGGCUCUGCAGCAGGAGCUGCAGCUGAAGCUGGCGAGGAAGUGCCUGCACGCCUGUGGCAUCUCUCUCUUCGACCUUGAAAAGGAUCUACACAUCAUCAGCACUGGCUUUGAUGAAGAGGCAGCAUUGCUUGGAGCUGGCAGGGAGUUUGCUCUGAUGAAAACUGCCUCUGGAAAGAUCUACUACACAGGAAAGUACCAGAGCCUGGGUAUUAAGCAGGGUGGCCCAUCAGCCGGAAAAUGGGUGGAGCUGCCCAUCACAAAGUCUCCGAAGAUCAUUCAGUUCUCGGUCGGCCAUGACGGCUCCCACGCCCUUCUAGUGGCUGAAGACGGGAGCGUUUUCUUCACCGGCUCUGCCAGCAAGGGAGAAGACGGGGAAUCCACUAAAAGCCGCAGGCAGCCCAAGCCGUACAAACCCAAGAAGAUGAUAAAACUGGAGACAAAGACAGCCGUGUACACUGCUUGCAACAACGGCAGCAGCAGCAUCGUCACAAAGGACGGAGAGCUUUAUAUGUUUGGCAAGGACGCCAUUUACAGUGACAGCACCUGCCAAGUGACAGACCUUAAAGGCCAUUUUGUAACUCAGGUUGCCAUGGGGAAGGCUCAUACAUGUGUCCUCACUAAGAACGGAGAAGUGUGGACAUUUGGGGUCAAUAACAAGGGCCAGUGUGGCAGAGACACUGGAGCCAUGAGCCAGGCAGGGAAAGCAUUCGGCGUUGAGAGCAUGGCCACGGCCAUGGAUGAGGACUUGGAGGACGAGCUGGAGGACAAGGAAGAGAAGAGCAUGAUGUGUCAGCCGGGCAUGCACAAGUGGAAGCUGGACCAGUGCAUGGUUUGCACCGUGUGUGGAGACUGCACUGGGUACGGUGCCAGUUGUGUCAGCAGUGGGCGACCAGACAGAGUACCAGGAGGUAUCUGUGGUUGUGGGUCUGGAGAGUCUGGCUGCUCAGCGUGUGGUUGCUGUAAGGCCUGCGCCAGGGAGCUGGACGGUCAGGAGGCCCGGCAGCGGGGGAUCUUUGAUGCUGUGAAGGAGAUGAUUCCACUGGAUCUGCUCCUAGCUGUGCCUGUCCCUCCCCCUCCAGGAGUUAACAUCGAAGAGCACCUUCAGAUCCGCCAGGAGGAGAAGCGUCAGAGAAUCAACCGCCGGCAUAGGUUGGAGGAGGGAAGAGGCCCCCUUGUUUUUCCUGGUCCCAUUUUUAUGAACCAGCGUGAGCAGGCCCUAGCCAGAAUAAGACCCCUUCAGGCACUCAGGCAUAAACGGGACAAGCACAAAGAUGGUAGCAGCGAGCGCGGAGAGAAGGAUGCCAGCAAAAUUACCACUUAUCCCCCCGGGGCGGUGAGGUUCGACAGCGAGCUGCGAGCCGUUCAAGUCAGCUGUGGUUUUCACCACUCAGUGGUGCUGAUGGAGAAUGGAGAUGUCUUCACGUUUGGGUAUGGCCAACACGGUCAGCUUGGUCAUGGAGACGUCAACUCCAGGGGCUCUCCGACUCUGGUUCAGGCUCUGCCGGGACCGAGCAUCCAGGUGACGGCAGGAAGUAACCACACGGCUGUUCUCCUCAUGGAUGGGCAGGUCUUCACUUUUGGGAGUUUCUCGAAAGGGCAGUUGGGCCGGCCCAUCCUGGACAUGCCCUACUGGAACGCCAAGCCGUCACCCAUGCCCAACAUCGGUGCCAAAUACGGACGAAAGGCCACCUGGAUCGGAGCCAGCGGAGAUCAGACGUUCCUGCGGAUCGACGAGGCCCUCAUCAACUCUCACGUCCUGGCCACUUCUGAGAUCUUUGCCAGCAAGCACAUCAUCGGGCUCGUUCCAUCCUCUGCGUCUGAGCCGCCUCCUUUUAAAUGUUUGCUGAUCAACAAGAUGGACGGAAGCUGCAGAACAUUCAACGACUCUGAGCAGGAGGACCUGCAGGGGUUCGGCCUCUGUCUGGACCCGGUUUAUGAUGUCAUAUGGAGGUUCCUUCCGGCUUCAAAAGAGAUGUGGUGUUACAACGCGGUAAUAGCCGAUGCUAGGAUGCCCUCUGCAACAGAUCUACAGGCUCGUUGUGGCAUUCUCAGUCCAGAACUUGCAUUGCCCUCGGGAUCGCAUGCGACCACCACUCGCUCUCAUGGAGCUCUACACAUUCUCGGUUGCCUGGAUACAUUAGCCGCCAUGCAGGAGCUGAAGAUGGGCGUAGCGAGCGCAGAAGAAGAAACCCAGGCAGUGAUGAAGGUCUACUCAAAGGAGGACUACAGCAUUGUAAACCGCUUUGAAAGUCACGGAGGUGGCUGGGGUUACUCGGCUCACUCUGUGGAAGCCAUCCGUUUCUGUGCCGAUGCCGACAUCCUGCUGGGUGGGCUGGGCCUGUUCGGCGGACGAGGGGAGUACACAGCCAAGAUCAAGCUUUUUGAGCUGGGACCCGACGGAGGUGACCAUGAGACUGAUGGAGAUCUGCUGGCUGAGACCGAUGUUCUGGCUUACGACUGUGCUGCCAGGGAGAAAUACGCCAUGAUGUUUGACGAGCCAGUGCUGCUGCAGCUGGGCUGGUGGUACGUGGCGUGGGCCAGAGUCUCUGGCCCCAGCAGCGACUGCGGUUCCCACGGACAGGCAACCAUUACAACUGACGACGGUGUUGUCUUCCAGUUCAAAAGCUCCAAGAAAUCCAACAAUGGUACAGAUGUUAAUGCGGGUCAGAUACCUCAGCUACUCUACAGGCUUCCAUCCCACGAUGGCAAUGCUUCCAAAGGAAAACAGCAAACCAGUGAACCAGUUCACAUCCUGAAGCGGUCAUUUGCUCGGACGGUCUCCGUGGAGUGUUUUGAGUCUCUGCUGAGUGUUCUUCACUGGAGCUGGACCACCCUGGUGUUGGGAGUGGAGGAGCUUCGAGGGCUGAAGGGUUUCCAGUACACGGCAACGCUGCUGGACCUGGAGAGACUCCGCUUUGUUGGCACGUGCUGCCUCCGCCUGCUCAGGGUUUACAUCUGUGAGAUAUUCCCCAUUGCAGCCAGCACCAAAGCUGUGGUGGAGGAGUCCAGCAAGCUGGCCGAGUGUGUGGGAAAGACGCGCAGCCUGCUGAAGAAGAUCCUGUCAGAAGGCAUGGAUAACUGCCUGACUAAACUGGAUAAUGACCCUCAGGGCUACCUGUCUCAGCCUCUUACCUUGCUGGAAGCUGUGCUGCAGGAGUGCCACAACACAUUCACCGCUUGCUUUCACUCCUUCUACCCAACUCCAGCUCUGCAGUGGGCUUGUCUUUGUGAUCUGCUCAACUGUCUGGACCAGGACAUUGCUGAGGCAAAUUUUCGCACAUCCAGCAGCCGUCUGCUGGCAGCUGUAAUGUCAGCUCUUUGUAAGACUUCAGUCAAGCUGACAUCCAUCUUGCCCAUUGCAUACGAUGGAGAAGUGCUGCUGCGUUCAUUAGUGAAGCAAGUCAGCACAGAGAAUGACUCUGCCCUUGCUCAUCGCUUCCCCCUGCUGGUGGCCCAUAUGGAGAAACUAAGCCAUACCGAGGAGAACCUGAUGGGUAUGACCAGUUUCCGAGAAGUGCUGGAGAAGAUGCUGGUGAUCGUGGUGCUGCCGGUGAGGAAGACUCUGAGGAAGGAAGUGGAGCUGUUCUCCCCUCACCUGGUCUCCAACACCUGCGGGCUGCUGGCCUCCAUCGUCUCUGAGCUCACCGCGUCCGCCAUGGGCUCUGAGGUUGAUGGACUGAACUCACUCCACUCUGUGAAAGCAUCUCCAAACCGCUUCACCAAAACAAGCCAAGGUCGCAGCUGGAACACAGGCAACGGCUCGCCAGACGCCAUCUGUCUGAUGGUGGACAAGCCGGGCGUCGUGCUGGUCGGGGUCUGCGUCUACGGAGGAGGGGGCAUCCAUGAGUACGAGCUGGAGGUGCUGGCUGACGACGCGCAGACGGAACACCCUGGCGACUCAGCACAUUCUCACAGGUGGACGUCUUUAGAGCUGGUGAAGGGCACCUACAGCACUGAUGACUCUCCCAGCGAUAUUGCGGAGAUCCGCUUGGACAAGGCGGUGCCGCUAAAGGAAGGGGUGAAAUACGCUGUUCGGUUGCGCAACUACGGCAGCAGGACGGCCAAUGGGGACGGAGGUAUGACGACGGUGCAGUGCUCAGACGGCGUUUCCUUCACCUUCAGCACUUGCAGCUUGAGUAGCAACGGAACCAAUCAGACCAGGGGUCAGAUCCCUCAGAUUCUCUACUACAGGAGUGAAUACGAUGGAGACCUCCAGUCUCAGCUGCUCAGCAAAGCCAACGAGGAGGACAAGAACUGCAGCAGAGCUCUGUCUGUGGUCAGUGCUGUGGUCAGAGCUGCAAAGGACCUUCUCCACAGGGCUUUUGCAGUUGAUGCUGAUGAUAUUCCAGAGCUGUUAAGUUCUUCCAGCCUCUUCUCCAUGCUGCUGCCGCUCAUUCUGGCCUACAUUGGACCUGUUGCUGCCUCUGUGCCAAAGGCUGCUGUUGAGGUCUUUGGCCUAGUUCAAGAGCUGCUGCCCGCUGUUUCUGCCCUCAACCAAAAAUACGCCCCGCCUUCCUUUAACCCCAACCAAUCCACUGACAGCACCACCGGCAACCAGCCUGAGAUCGGCCUGUCGGCUUGCACCACUUCAAACCACUACUCUGUGAUCGAGAGCGACCACCCUUACAAGCAAGCUGGGGUCACACAAUAUAGGGUCUCCUUCCCAGACUGUGUUCGAUGGACCACCAUAGAGUUUGAUCCGCAGUGCGGGACCGCGCAGCCGGAGGACGCCCUUCGGCUGCUCAUCCCCAGCCGCACUCUCCACCUGUCAAACCUGGGCGGGAAGCCUUUGAUCCACGACACCAUCAACACAUGGACUGAACUUAGGAAGUUCUCAGGCUCCACUGGCUGGCCCACCACCGUGCUGGUGCUUCCAGGAAACGAAGUUCUCUUUUCUCUUGAAACUGCCUCAGAUUACGUGAAAGACGAGAAAGCUUGCUUCUACGGCUUUAAGUGUGUGGCUAUCGGAUAUGAAUUCAAUCCCGGUCCCGAUGAGGGUAUAAUCCAGUUAGAGAAAGAGCUGGCGUUCCUGGGCAGCGUGUGUGCUGCAGCUUUAAUGAAGAAAGAUUUAGCCCUCCCUAUUGGAAACGAGUUGGAGGAAGAUCUUGAGAUUCUCGAGGAAGCCUCCCUUCAGGUGUGUAAGGCCCACUCCGGGAUUCUGGGGAAAGGUCUGGCCCUCUCUCAUUCUCCUACCAUACUGGAGGCCCUGGAGGGCAAUCUGCCCCUCCACAUCCAAACAAACGAGCACUCUUUUCUGGAGGAUUUUAUCACCUGCGUAUCAAACUCAAGCGGAGGGCGACUGGCCAGAUGGCUGCAGCCCGACUCUUACGCAGAUCCUCAAAAGACCUCUCUGAUCCUUAACAAAGAUGAUAUCCGCUGUGGAUGGCCGGCCACUGUGGUCGUACAGACUAAGGAUCAGUAUGGGGAUGUGGUUCAUGUUCCCAACAUGAAGGUGGAGGUAAAGGCUGUUCCAGUUUCCCAGAAGAAGUCUGUUCAAACGGAUAACAUGAGGAAGCUGCAGAGGCUUCCUGGAAGCUCCUCUCCUUCGUCCUCCGGCCCUGACCUCACCUUUGGAGGUCUGCCGAUGCCUAAGCUGGAAGCCACCUAUGAGCCGGUCAUAGUGAAAGAAGCUCGAUACAUUGCCAUUACUAUGAUGAAGGUGUAUGAAAACUACUCUUUUGAGGAGCUGCGUUUUGCUUCUCCCACCCCAAAGAGACCCAGUGAGAACAUGCUCAUCCGAGCCAACACCGACGGGACCUACAGCGCUAACUGGACCCCAGGAGCCGUCGGUCUCUAUACAAUCCAUGUCACCAUCGAUGGCAUUGAAAUAGAUGCUGGGUUGGAGGUGGAAGUCAAAGAUCCUCCAAAAGGGAUGAUACCACCUGGGACUCAGAUGGUGAAGCAGAAGCCCGAACCUCAGCCAAGCAAGGUCCGCAAAUUUGUGUCCAAGGACAGCGCGGGCCUGCGUGUCCGUAGUCACCCCUCCUUGCAGAGUGAACAGAUAGGCAUAGUGCACGUCAAUGGCACCAUCACUUUUAUUGACGAGAUCCACAAUGAUGAUGGAAUAUGGCUCAGGCUCAAUGAUGAAACAGUAAAGAAGUAUGUUCCCAACAUGAAUGGUUACACAGAAGCCUGGUGCCUCUCUUUUAAUCAGCACCUGGGCAGGAACCUACUGGUCCCAGCUGACAAUGUUUUUAACGCAAGCCAAGGAGUCAGGGAUAUCGCCUUUUUGUCAUGGACUCCCUUAUCUAUAUUCCCACCGCAGGAGGUCAGGGGCCAGUCGGAGGAGAACGUAAAGGAGGUGAGCAGCUGCCCUUCCCAGGAGGCUCCCGUUCGGGUGCAGAACAGGGCAGGGCAGGGCGGCGGCCCGGGGCUUUAUAAGGUAGUGAAGACCGGCCCCUCUGGUCACAACAUCAGAAGCUGUCCAAACCUUAGGGGUAUCCCUAUUGGAAUGUUAGUACUUGGCAACAAAGUCAAGGCCAUAGGCGAGGUUGUGAACUCAGAGGGAACCUGGGUGCAGCUGGAUAAGAACAGUGUAGUGGAGUUCUGUGAGAGCGAUGAAGGCGAGGCGUGGUCGCUGGCCAGAGACCGCGGUGGUGGCCAGUACCUCCGUCAUGACGAUGAACAAGCUUUGAUCGAGCAUGGGAAUCAGACCCCGCCUCCCAGUCCCUUCUCUGUGCAAGCUUUCAACAGAGCAACUACUUCAAAUGGAGCACAGGGCUUUGAUUAUGGCAUCUCCAACAACAAAGGUGACCGGUUAAGUGCCAUACUGAAUUCCAUUCAGUCUGGGCCCUUCCUCUCAGCAGCUCCCUCCUCUUCCUCCGUAUUUGAUCAAGCCGCCCAACCUCCCUCCUCUUCCUCCUCCUCUUCCUCCUCCUCCUCCUCCUCCCUUGUCCACAGCCCAUUUGUGUUUGGACAGUCCCCCUCCCAAGUGUCUCAGCCACAACCACAGCUUCUGAGCGAACGAGGGAAUCUGAUGUCCGGCGCGCGCUCCGUGUCCCAAACCAGCAAACAGCGUCAGGAAAACCGCUCCCCCAAGCAAGAGAGUCGAGGAAGCCACUCCUCUGAACAGGGCCGGGUGAAAACGAGCGAGGGCGGCCUCUCGGCCAGCGAAGCUCUCAUUCUGCGGUCGGACACGGCCAAGCUGAGGAGUGACUCUCACAGCCGCUCCCACUCGCCCAACCACAACACUCUACAGGCGCUAAAGGCGGACGGUAGAACCUCGGGCAGUCGGGCCGAGUCGCCAAAUCCAGGCUCUCGCUCCUCUUCUCCCAAACAAAAAGGCGUGUCCUCGUCGGGACGAUCCAGUCCCUCGAGCAACUUAUCCCAGCACUCCUCUUCGAGCCACCAUGACAAAAACCUACCCCCCAAAGUCAGCCCUUCUUCUAAAGCAAAACUGGAUCCUCCCAGGGAGAGAUCCAAGUCAGACUCGUACACUCUUGAUCCGGACACGCUCAGGAAGAAGAAGAUUCCCCUCACAGAGCCGCUGAGGGGAAGAUCUACGUCUCCUAAAUCUAAGCUGUCUCCUAAAGAUCCCAAUAAAGAAGUGAUCAGCAAUGCAGAAAACCGUGCUCCAUCUCCACAUGUGACCCAGGAGAACCUCCACAGUGAGGUAGUGGAGGUCUGCACCUCUAGCGCUCUCCUCUCCAACGAGGACAUCAAUGAUGAGAACGCGGAGCUCCGCAAUUCGGAGGAGGGCUCGUGCAAAGUCCACUUCAGCAUUGGCAAAGCUCCUGUCAAAGAGGAGCUGGAGAGCCGCUCGUCGCCCAAAGUCAGCCGCAAGACGUCCAGCCGACACACGCGUCCCAAGAAAGACAAAUCUGGGCCUCUGUUCAAAGCUGAGAGCACAUCGAGAAUCGCAGAGCCCGUCAAACAGGCCAUGUCUCCCUCGGUGGCUGAAUGCGCUCGUGCGGUUUUCGCUGCGUUCCUCUGGCACGAGGGGAUCGUCCAUGACGCCAUGGCCUGUUCGUCCUUCCUCAAGUUUAACCCCGACCUGACCAAAGAGCAAGCCCCCAUUCGUAACUCGCUGGGCGGACAGGGACCCGAGGAGAAAGAGAGCAAGUUGAAAAACCGUCACUCCUUGGAGAUUUCUUCUGCGCUCAACAUGUUUAAUAUCGCACCCCACGGCCCAGACAUCUCCAAAAUGGGCAGCAUCAACAAAAACAAAGUCUUAUCCAUGCUGAAGGAGCCUCCGCUGCCAGAGAAGUGCGAGGAUGGGAAAGGGGAGGCCUCGUCUUAUGAGAUGACCUCUCACCCCUGCUUGAGGCCGAAGUCGAUUUUGCCGCUAACCUUGCAGCACUUGGUUGCGUUCUGGGAAGACAUUUCGAUGGCCACCAUCAAAGCAGCCACCCAGAACAUGAUCUUUCCCAGCCCGGGGUCCAGCGCCAUCUUAAAGAAGAAGGAGCACGAAAAGGACAGCAAAAAGGCAAAGAAGGAGAAGAAGAAGAGGGAGAAGGCGGAGGUACGUCCAAGAGGGAAUCUGUUUGGAGAGAUGGCUCAACUCGCCAUGGGAGGACCGGAGAAAGACACCAUCUGCGAGCUGUGUGGGGAGUCUCACCCUUAUCCUGUCACCUACCACAUGAGACAGGCUCAUCCAGGUUGCGGUCGUUACGCCGGGGGUCAGGGCUACAACAGUAUUGGCCAUUUCUGUGGAGGCUGGGCUGGGAAUUGUGGAGAUGGAGGCAUAGGAGGCAGCACCUGGUACCUGGUCUGUGAUCGCUGUCGUGAGAAAUACCUGAGAGAGAAACAGACGGCAGCUAGGGAAAAGGUGAAACAGUCGAGGAAGAAGCCUCUGCAGGUGAAGACUCCUAGAGCUCUACCCACCAUGGAGGCCCACCAGGUGAUCCGAGCCAACGCGUUGUUCCUGCUGUCCCUCAGCAGUGCAGCAGAGCCCAGCAUGCUCUGCCAUCAUCCUCCCCGCCCCCUUCACUCGCAGCUGCUCCCCAGCCUGAAGGAGGGCGUGUCAGAGGAACUCCCCAAUAAAAUGGGCUGCCUCUAUCUACAAACGCUAGCCAGGCAACACACUGAGAACUUUGGAGCUUAUCAAGAUGACAACCUUUUCCAGGAUGAGAUGAGGUAUCUGCGGUCGACGUCCGUUCCUGCCCCAUACAUUUCUGUCACACCGGACGCUUGUCCCAAUGUGUUUGAGGAACCAGAAAGUAAUAUGAAGUCAAUGCCCCCCAGCCUUGAAACCAGUCCGAUCACAGACAGUGACACUGCAAAGCGCACCGUUUUUCAGAGGUCUUACUCCGUUGUGGCAUCAGAGUACGACAAACAACACUCGCCCUCUCCAGCCCGAGUCAAAGCCGUGCCCAGACGGAGAGUUCAUAGCGGCGAUGCAGAAGUGGGCUCCUCCCUGCUGCGCCACCCGUCUCCUGAGCUGUCCCGCCUCAUCUCGGCUCAUGGCUCACUUAAUAAAGGGGAGAGGAAUUUCCAGUGGCCCGUUCUGGCUUUCGUUAUCCAACACCAUGACCUUGAAGGCCUGGAGGUGGCCAUGAAGCACGCUCUGAGAAAGUCUGCCUGCAGGGUGUUUGCCAUGGAGGCGUUCAACUGGCUGCUGUGCAACGUGAUCCAGACGACUUCUCUGCACGACAUCCUCUGGCAUUUUGUAGCAUCUCUCACUCCCUCACCAUGUGAGCCAGAGGAUGAGGAAGAUGAGGAGAAUAAGGGGAACAAGGAAAAUUUAGAACAGGAGAGAGACCUCGGGGUUUGUGAACACCCUCUGUCGGACAUAGUGAUCGCCGGGGAGGCAGCCCAUCCGCUUCCCCACACUUUCCACCGCCUUCUCCAGACAAUCUCUGACCUCAUGAUGUCACUUCCUAGUGGCAGUGCACUACAGCAGAUGGCACUGAGGUGCUGGAGUCUCAAGUUCAAGCAGUCUGACCACCAGUUCCUCCAUCAAAGCAACGUUUUCCAUCACAUCAACAACAUCCUGUCCAAGUCGGACGACGGGGACAGCGAGGAGAGCUUCAACAUCAGCGUCCAAUCGGGUUAUGAAGCUAUGAGCCAGGAUCUCUGCCUGGUAACCUGCUUGAAGGACCUAACCAGUGUAGUAGACAUUAAAACUUCCAGCCGCCCCGCCAUGAUUGGCAGCCUGACUGAUGGCUCCACGGAGACCUUCUGGGAGUCUGGAGACGAGGACAAGAACAAGACCAAAAGCAUCACGUUCAGCUGCGUGAAAGGCAUAAACGCCACCAAAGUUUCUGUCCAUGUGGACAACUCCAGAGACAUCGGGAACAAAGUCACGUCAGUAACGUUUCUCUGUGGAAAAGCCAUAGAGGAUCUCUGCAGAAUCAAGCAGGUCGACCUUGACUCGCGUCACAUGGGCUGGGUGACGAGUGAACUCCCUGGAGGCGAUUAUCAUGUGAUCAAGGUGGAGUUAAAAGGCCCCGAAAACACCCUGAGGGUUCGCCAGGUGAAGGUUCUUGGCUGGAAGGAGGGCGAGAGCAUCAAGAUCCUUGGACAAAUCUCAGCCAGCAUGGCUCAGCAGAAAAACUGUGAAGCCGAGACACUCCGAGUUUUCCGCCUCAUCACCUCGCAGGUUUUUGGCAAACUAAUCUGUGGAGACGCAGAGCCGACGCCAGAGCAGGAGGAGAAAAAUCUGCUUUCGUCUCCGGAAGGAGAGGAUAAGGUACCAUCUGAUGCGGAUCUUAAGGAGCACAUGGUGGGAAUAAUCUUCAGCAGGAGCAAACUAACCAACCUGCAGAAACAAGUGUGCGCACAUAUCGUUCAGGCGAUCCGCAUGGAAGCCACACGUGUGAGGGAGGAGUGGGAACACGCCAUCUCCAGCAAGGAGAACGCCAACUCCCAGCCCAGCGACGACGACGCCUCAUCCGACGCCUACUGCUUCGAGCUCCUCUCCAUGGUUCUGGCUCUGAGCGGCUCCAACGUGGGCCGCCAGUAUCUGGCGCAACAGCUCACCCUCAUGCAGGACCUGUUUUCUCUCCUGCACACCGCUUCUCCGAGGGUGCAGAGACAGGUGACAUCUUUGCUUCGACGUGUCCUGCCGGAGGUGACGCCGGUCCGCCUCGCCAGCAUCAUCGGGGUUAAGGCUCUUCCCCCGGCAGACAUCAGCGACAUUAUCCACUCCACGGAGAAAGGCGACUGGAACAAGCUGUGCAUCCUUGACAUGUUCCUGGGCUGCAUCGCGAAGGCCCUCACUGUGCAGCUGAAAGCCAAAGGCACCACCAUCGCCGGGACGGGCGGCACCGUCGCGGGGAAGGGCGUCACGACCGUCACUCUACCGAUGAUCUUCAACUCCAGCUACAUUCGCAGAGGUGAGAGCCACUGGUGGAUGAAAGGCUCCACGCCUCCGCAGAUAGCUGAGAUCAUCAUAAAGCUGGUCAAAGAUAUGGCGGCGGGCCACCUGUCGGACGCCUGGUCCAGAGUGACCAAGAACGCAAUUGCCGAGACCAUCAUAGCGUUGACUAAAAUGGAGGAGGAGCAUCGCUCUCCUGUUCGCUGCAUAGCAACAACAAGGCUGUGGCUCGCCUUGGCGUCGCUGUGCGUUCUUGACCAGGAUCACGUAGACCGCCUCUCUUCUGGUCGCUGGAUGGGGAAAGACGGACAGCAGAAGCAGAUGCCCAUGUGUGACAAUCACGAUGACGGCGAGACGGCAGCUAUCAUCCUGUGUAACAUAUGCGGCAACCUCUGCACCGACUGCGACCGCUUCCUCCAUCUUCACCGACGCACUCGCUCCCACCAGAGACAGGUGUUUAAGGAGGAGGAGGAGGCCAUAAAGGUCGACCUCCAUGAAGGUUGUGGGAGGACCAAGCUCUUCUGGCUCAUGGCUCUCGCCGAUUCAAAGACGAUGAAGGCCAUGGUGGAGUUCAGAGAGCACACGGGUAAACCAGCAUCCAGCAGCUCAGACGCCUGCAGGUUCUGUGGCACAAGAAAUGGAACCGAACUGUCUGCAGUGGGGAGCGUCUGCUCAGACCCAGACUGUCAGGAGUACGCAAAGCUGGCCUGCAGUAAGACUCAUCCCUGCGGUCACCCCUGUGGAGGCGUCAAGAACGAGGAGACCUGCCUGCCGUGUCUGCAUGGCUGCGAUAAGAACACCGGCUGCCUGAAACAGGACGCAGACGACAUGUGCAUGAUCUGCUUUACAGAGGCGCUCUCGGCAGCUCCUGCAGUACAGCUGGACUGCACUCACGUGUUUCACCUUCAGUGCACUCGACGGGUUCUUGAAAACCGCUGGCUCGGGCCACGCAUCACGUUUGGGUUCAUGCUGUGUCCAAUUUGCAAGAACAAAAUCAAUCACUCUGUGAUCAAAGACCUCCUCGACCCCAUUAAGGAGCUGUAUGAGGACGUGAGGAGAAAAGCUCUGAUGAGACUGGAGUACGAGGGGCUUCACAAGAGCGAGGCGAUAACUACGCCAGGAGCGCGCUUCCACAACGACCCCGCAGGCUUCGCCAUGAACAGAUAUGCGUACUACGUCUGCUACAAGUGCAAAAAGGCGUAUUUUGGAGGAGAGGCUCGCUGUGAUGCAGAAGCAGGACAAGGUGAUGACUACGACCCCAGCGAACUGAUCUGUGGAGCAUGCUCGGACGUCUCCAGGGCCCAGAUGUGCUCCAAACACGGCACAGAUUUCCUGGAGUAUAAAUGCCGCUACUGCUGCUCCGUGGCCGUCUUCUUCUGCUUUGGAACCACACACUUCUGUAACGCCUGCCACGACGACUUCCAGAGGAUGACCAGCGUCCCCAAGGAGGAGCUCCCUCGUUGUCCUGCAGGGCCCAAAGGCAAGCAGCUGGAAGGCACUGAGUGCCCCCUGCAUGUGGUCCACCCUCCGACGGGCGAAGAAUUUGCUCUGGGCUGUGGAGUGUGCAGGAACGCCCACACCUUCUAAACUUUAAGAGACUCGCUGAAAACCAGUCGGUCUACUGUGAUUUUUAUAGCCGCCGCUGCUGAGACUCGGCGAUGAAGCUCGGCUCUGGCUUUGAGUCUUCUGGACCGCAGACCAGGUUUCCGUUCUACGCCGAGUUGUCAGGUCUGCUCCUUCACCAACAUCAGGAUCCAGGUUCUGCUGCAAACGCAAGCUGUUGCUCCUUUGGAUUCAGAGCAAGCUUAAUAAUAAAAAUCCAGUUCUUUUUUUUUUUUGUUUGUUUUUUUUUUGGUUUUGUUUUUUUAAAAGAAGAAUGGAAAAAAAAUAAUAAAAUAACCUGUGACGUGUUUGCAUGCAGCCGUUGUAAUCCCUCGGCUUCUAUAGACAUUGCACACCUCCCAAUCACUGAACUGUAACGAUGUAACAUUGAAGAUCAAAUAAAUUUGCUUAAACGCAACUGAGGAUGAGCGUGAGUUUAAAAAGAGGGGAAGGAAAAAAAAACGAAAAAAAGAAGGGGCCAUAUUUCCAGCUUCCUUACUAUAAAUUUAAAAUAUUGUUGUAUGUAAACAUUUUUUUCGUAAUCUUGUAUAGUAUUCCCCUCUGUCAAGUGCAUCAUGAGCUGACAGA